UAGGGGGUGGGACGGGGUAAUCUGUGGGAUAUGAGGACUCCGUGGGGUAAUAUAAUGCUCCAACAUAUCACAGACCCUGAGGAAGACGAAGACUCCUCUCCUCGCCUGCCAAAAAAGGAGAGAGAGAGAGAGAGAGAGAGAGAGAGAGAGAGAGAGAGAGAGAGAGAGAGAGAGAGAGAGAGGAGUGAGACUGCACAGGAGUAGAGAUCUGAAGUGACAUUUGAUCAAAAACGUGUGAGAGACACAUCUGUAGUUUGGGUGAGACUGCUUCAGUCCUAGAAUGGCAGGUACAGUUCCAGCACUCCCAGAAUCCUUUGCUCCAAGUCCCAACAGCGUCUUUUCUGACCAGUUCGGAUUCUAUUCCCUGGACUCAAAUGUUCCCGGUCUGUCCAAAGUCAUCUUGGAAAACCUCCACAUGAAGGACUACUCGGAAUACAGGUCACCCGGUAGUGCAGUGGAAGGUGGUUGCCAUGGAGUUCCUGUGCUGUCACCCUGGCUCUGGAUGCGAUGUUGGCCACAUGCUGUGUGUGUUCUGUCUCAGCCCUGUAAAAACUCCCCACUGGCCUCCUCUAAUCUGAGGACACACUCACUCUGCAUGCCUUGUUUGCUACAUUAUCAAAAUGUGCAAGAUUUUACUGGAGCUGCUCUGGAGGGAAAGGGGAAGGUGGAAUUUCAUUCUCAUAAGGAAAUGUUUCAGAAAAUGGAGGAAACAUUUAAGUUCUGUGCCUGCUGCUCAAAACUUCCCAACAGUCUGUCUGAUCCACACACGCUCAAACGCUGCAUCAAAUGUCUAAAUGUGUAUUACUGCAGUAAGGACUGUCAGAUGAAGGACUGGCGUGUUCAUAGGAAGUUCUGUAAGAAUCUGCGUAUGGUGGCCAUAGACAGGCUGGUGGAGUGGACAGUUCACACAGGAGACCUGCCCUUUCCCACGGCGGUAUGGUCUCGCCCUGCUAAAGACGUGAGAAGCUGGGGCGACUGGCUGUCCAUGCAGGGUGACCUCACGGCCCGGCUGGAGCCUGUCCUGUCUGGAAAAAGCAUGACUGACCUGUGGACCAAUGCCUGCCGGCCACGGCCAGAGGAGGCAGAGCUUCGUGAGUCUGUGUGGCGCGUGUGCAGCGAAUUCCUGUCUCGGCCGCUGACGAUAGGUCUGGGUGUUCGGAUGUGUCGUCUGGAUCCUUGCUCCCGCCCCCUCACUGUCCACCUGGUGGGGGCGGGGCAUAACGAGACCCUGGGGGCCAGGACCACGGAUCUGGAUGAGCUCAGCCACAUGUUCCCCGGGCACCAGGGUGUGGAGGUGGUAAUGGUGGGACCAGAGGUGGUACAAGGACCCAUUGUGAGGCCUCCACUGAGGGCGUUUGGACCCAGAGGAAAAGUCUACAUCAGUGCCUACAAGGGCCUCUACCACGAGUUCUGGGAAGAGCUGGUGGAGAGAGGAGAAGCUGCCAGACCAGAUCUGGUAGUGGGGUUUCACCCAGGGUUCCAUGCAUCUCAGGGGUUGGGGGAGGGUUGGCUGCCAACACUACUGCUACUUAGAGAUUACAACAUCCCUUCUGUGUUCACCAUGUAUAGUGAUAUGGAGCUCCAGUACUCUCUGCAGAUACUUCAGGAGUUGGAGGCAGAUAUACAGGCUACUGGGCCGAACCCAUUUAGCUCCCAGAAGCCCGAGCAGGUGCAGUCAUGUCCCAACAAAGACCCGUGCUACUGCAACGCCUUCUACCUCUACUUCCGCGGCCUGCUGGACUCCACAGAAGAUGCCCACUAGUCCUCCAGAAACGAACUCUGGGGAGCUGCUAGUCUGGCACACACACUAACAUGACUGAAUAUCUCAUUGUUAUGGUCUUUUUUCCCCCAACUGAGAUACACCCGUUUGCCUUUUUGUGUAAAUACUCUCAUGACAGUAGACAACAUUAAAAUGUACGAUGGAACACUUGAACAUUUAGAUGAACGGACUCCAGGGAGAUUAAAAUAGGUUUGGCGGAGGGUCAAAUUUGAAACGUGUGUGGCUGUGAGCCAGCACAUCAGACUAUCGGAGCUCAUAUCUGUGAUCACUUCCACGGCACAAUAUUUAGACGAACCAGGUACUUCUCCACCCGCGGACGCGCCUGUCCUACACUGCCCUCUCCUGGACACUUUGAGUAGCUGCACUAGUUGUGCGCACUGAAUUUGCCUUAAAACUCUGAUAUCCAGGUUGUUUUAACCAAAAAAGUUAACGGUUCACGUCAGAUAUUUUGUACUGAACGUUUCCAUGAAAUAGAUUAAGCCUAUACAUUUUUUUUUUUUUUUAGAAAAUACUAAAAAUGUAAGACACCUAUUUGAUUGAGAGAACAUUGAAUAUGCUUGCCGUCUUGUAGGUUGAUAUGAUUUAACUUCAUUACAAUCAACAAUAAAUAAAAAAAAUAAACAAAAUGUUUGUUUUC